AUGUACAUAUGUAGCUUACUGGGGGCCGUAAUCCUGAUCGGCUCCUGCUACGGACUUCCCCUCAACGACGGGCCCCUUUUUGAUACUGGCGAAGAUGACACAGCCCUCGUCGAAUCGUUGGUUCGGGAAGUACGAGCUGCGCAACAAAAUCCUGAACCCGUUGCUGCUGAACCAGAUCCAGGUACUCGAGCGUACAUCCACACUUAUACCGACGGUGCUGACGGAGAAAACGAACAAGGAUACUACAGAAGGAAGAGCGACAAGGGAAACGACGGUUACAAACACUUCGAUAGUUUCCACAAGAAAAACGCUGACAAAUACGCUUUUGAAGCCCAUUCUGCUUUCGGAAAGUAUGCCGGUCAAGAUCACACCGGAACCGGAAGGAGUCAUCACAAACGUUCCGCUCCAGUGGAAGGUCCAGAAAGAAAAUUAAACAAAGCAAACAAAGUAGUAGCUGUUCAGCCAGAGGAGGUAGAUGCAGAGUAUGUUGGCGAAGGCGGCGGCGAGUACUACAGUGAAGGCAGUGAAGGAAAUGACGGUGAUCAUGCAGGAUUCGUGGGGGAAGCAAGUGAUGUAGACAUUGAAUCGGAAGCAAACGAUUCAAGAUUGGAUGAAGAUGGAGACAACUUUUAGGAAUCUAGCUAUUUAGUUUUUGAUUUUCUUUUUUUUUACUUUUUAAAAAAUGUUGUUCAUUAUA